AUGGUCUCUUGUCAAGAUAGAUCACUGACGGGGAAAGAUGUACCGCCAAAUAUUCUGGACCGAUUUUAUCUCAUGGCGGAGUAUGCUGUUGCCGCAAAUUGUGGCGCUAAUCACAAUGUCUCAUCGCCGGGGUUACCAGUAUAUUGCGAUCCUGGUAAAUGCCCUUUGCUUCAAAAAGCAGAUACAGAAAUUACAAAUCCUUUCUGGGAGUAUGCCAGUGCCUACCCGAUCCUGGGGGAGAUCUUACAACCUGGUGAUACGACUGGAUAUCUCGCAGUCGAUCGAACGAAUAAGCUGAUUGUUCUUUCAUUUCGUGGCACUGUGUCUAAUGAAAAUGGAGAGACAGACCUCGAAUUCCAGCAAGUUGACGCAUCUAGUCUUUGCCCGGGUUGCUACGCUCACAAAGGAUUCUGGGAAGCUUCCCUCGGUGCAUUCGACAUUAUCAACCCGGCCCUUAAGGGAUUGAGGACUAAAUAUCCGAGUUUUGAGCUGAUUGUAACUGGACAUAGCCUUGGGGGUGCCUUAGCUACGCUAGAAACUACUCAUUUGAAGGCAGCGGGACAUCAACUUGACAUGUAUACCUUCGGUGCCCCAUCGGUUGGAAAUAAAGCUCUUGCCGAGUUUAUCACCAGCCAAGGCUCGGGACAAAAUUAUCGGGUCACACAUACCGACGAUGAGGUACCAAAAGUCCUCUAUCAAGCAUCCAGGACAAUCUUACUGGAUGUUAUUGUUCCAGAAUACAGUCAAUCCUCCCCUGAAUACUGGAUAACAUCAGGUAAUGGGGUCUACCCUACGACCUCGAACAUUCAGGUGAUUCAUGGUGUCGACAAUACGAUGGGUAAUUUAGGUCAGCCGGGAUUUGAUAUGUCAGCUCACGGGUGGUAUAUGAUAAACACGACAGCGUGCCAGCAGGUCUGA